CUUAGUGCCGCCAACAUGGCGGCGGCCGCCUCAGCCGCCCGGGCCGAGCGCCAGGGCGGGCCCGGCGGGCCGGGGGUCCCCCUGCCCGGGUCGAGGGCUAGAUUAGAGACCCCCCCCCCCUCCUGUGGCUGUUGUGCCCGGAGCAGGGGGAACGGCGCAGGAAUCCCUCCGCGCUCUGGGAUGCCGCUGUGGCCGGGGGUCCCGAGGGACCGGCCAGGCAUCCGGGCGCGUCCUGUGGGGCCGCGGCUCCCCCAGCGGUGCCUUCCAGCUGAACCUUCUCACCUUUUGUGAACAUAGCUAUGGCGUCACGUAACUUCUGUGAGAAAAGUUGCUGAGUAAAAUAAAAAAAGAGACUUUGUAUUUCAAGCAUCGUGUUAGGUUAUAUUAUAAAUAUUCUUCAGCUGGGCGGGGAUGUGUAUUAGACGGGUUAAUGUAAAUUUUACUGUAUAAAAGAUGUUACAAACUUCGUGUUACCCUUGGUGCGCUUGACUUGUGGAAAACUCCACCUCGCACCCUCGCAGGAUAAACAAGGGCUGACUUGUCUGUCUCCUUUUCAAACUUUGUGUUUAGAGAGCUCUUUAACUCAGCACACCCAGCACGGCCCGGACAGGGAUCCGGGGGUCCCCUGCCUGCCACGGGGGACAGCGCCGGGGCUCGCCCCGUCCCCUCCGCCGAGCCCCGCGGGGCCACGGCCGGGCCGAGCGCCCGCCCCUCCGCCCGCCCCAGCUGAGCCGGUUCGGCAGGUUUGAGGUGCAGAGGCGGCCGGGAGAGCGCUGGAAUCCCGCAGGGUCCCGCGGAGCUGCCCCCAUGGCCCCCCGCCUGUGCCCGAGGUGAAAGCAGAAAGGACAGGAACUUCGUCCCCUCUGAACACCACAAGUGCAGGCAGCAGUGUUACCAGCCCCCGUCCCUGGCAGUGUGGAACUGGACACUCUCAUGGCUGCUGCAGACCCUGUCCAGCCCCCUGAGGAGGUGGCUCUGCUGGAGCUGGGGAAGGUGGCCCUGGCCAAGGUGCCACCAACCCCAGGUGAGCACCAGGGGGACCCUGAUGCCACCCUGCCAUGGGACCAGAGUCAGCACAACGCCUGGGGCCAGCCGGAGCUCGCGGAGACGAAGAGGCGCUCGAGUCCUGAGGGGGGCCAUGAAGACCCAGAGGAAGCUGUUCCCACCUGCCCCACGGCCGAGGCCGAAGAUGAGGAAGUGCCCCGGCUGCCCGUGGUGGCGGCCCACGUCUUUGUGCCCAUCGACCCGCAGUGCAUUGAGCGGAGCCCCGUCAAGCAGAAGCAGCACCCGACCCCAUGGCCCCGCGAGGAGAGCAGGGGGGAUGUUCCCCCCAGCGUCCCCACCUGUGACAGACCCAGCAGCCUCCACCACAAGCAGGUCUUCCUCCCCCUCGGCCCCUCGCGCUGCCGGAACCCACUGGGCUUCGAGGGGCACGUGGCCAAGCCCCCGGCUGAGGGGUCACAGUGCCCGUGUGCCAGGGACUGUGGCACUGAUAAUCUCAAGGCUGUGGCAUCAGUGGCGGGGGCCCUUCUCCUCUGCCCUUGCCUCAUCUAUGGGGCCUACAUCUUCUUGCCCUUCGACGCCCCGCUGCUGCCCACCGUCAGCGCCCGCCUGGUCUACACAUUGCGCUGCGCCGCCUUUGCCACCUUCCCCAUCGUGCUGGGAAUGAUCGUCAGCGGCAUCUCCCGCCUCUGCUCCUCCGCCCUGGAGCCCUUUGGAGAGCUCCACCGGGAGGUGGAGAUCCACCGCACUUACGUCUCCCAGUCCGUCCACCUCUUCAUCCUCUACUUCUUCAACAUGGCCGUGCUGGCCACCUACCUCCCACAGGAGCUCCUCAAGCUCAUCCCACUGCUCACGGGGCUCUUCGCCAUCUCCCGGUUGAUUUUCUGGAUGUCCUACGCCAUCGGCCGCUCCUUCCGUGCCUUCGGCUUCAGCAUGACCUUCCUGCCACUCCUGGCCAUGCUGCUCUGGAACCUGUAUGGCAUGUUCAUCCUGGAGCCCGAGAACCUCCUCUCCGUGGCAGCGCCGACGCCCGAGGGCCACUCCAAGGAGAGCAGAGCGAAACUCCGGCACUGGGGCUGAGGGAGGCUAGGAGAUGGGGCGCCUGCACCCUACGAGUUCCAGCCCUCCUUCAUGCCCUGCCUCAAGAGUCCUGACAGCACAGGGGUGCUGGCACAUCCAGCUGUGCCCCUGCUCCCUGCCUGGACACAACGAGGUUUUGCUGAGCCCACAGAACCAGGCUGCAAACCCUCUGCACCACGAGACUCCUGCUGCAAGUGAAGAAAGCCCAGAGCAGGACACUGUGAGCCCUCUUCCCUGGGAAUGGGGUGGGAUUUGCUUCCCCUCCUGCUGGAGCCAACUUUGCCCAAUAAAGCCCUUACCAAGCAG